AUGUUAACCAUCACUGGGGUCCAAGCCGAGGACGAGGCCAUCUAUUACUGUGGUGGCUGGGACAGCAGCACUGAUGCUGGUAUAGUGACAGAGAGCAAUGGGGAAUGCAGGGUCUGUGCGCAUCUCCUGGGCAGGGGAUGGCCCCCAGGAGCCCUGUACUGCACCAGCAACCCCUGGUCAUCAGGCUCCCAUUUCUCAGGGGCUUGGAUUCCUGCCUUGGCCUGCAGCCUUUGGGUGCCUGGGCCCUGUCCUGCUGCUGCACAGGAAGUGCUCUGUGCAGGGCACUCGCUGAGCCCCGUUUUCUCCCCUCUCUCCUCUCCCUCUCCAGGUUCCCUGGUCCAGGCAGCACUGACUCAGACGGCCUCGAAGUCUGUGAACCCGGGAGACACCGUGCAGAUCACCUGCUCCGGGAGCAGCAGCAACUAUGGCUGGUUCCAGCCCCCUGGCACUGGCCCUGUCACCGUGAUCUAUGAGAACACCAAGAGACCCUCGGGCAUCCCUUCGAGAUUCUCUGGUUCCUUGUCUGGCUCCACAAACACGUUAACCAUCACUAGGGUCCAAGCUGAGGACGAGGCCGUCUAUUACUGUGGUGCCUAUGACAGCAGUGCUGGUGCUGGUAUAGUGACACAGAGCAAUGGGGAUAUGAGGGACAGAGCACAGCUAGAAAUUGAGGCUUCCUGCCCUUGUCCCUCAGUGCUGAGCAAGGCUGUGGGACUGAGGCAGGCUCCUGGCCCCUCUGCAUGACCACAUCUGUGAGUU